CUUUCAACCUCUCGCGGUCGUUUAUUCGAUUGGAGAAGCCAGAUUACAGGUGACUACGGUAGUCUGUUUCAAGCACAUUUUACAAAUGCAUCCUUUCUGUCAUCGUUGCUGCACUCACUUACCCGAUAUCAUAUCAACUAUGAUCUAUGAUGACGUUUGAAGAACUGUAUUAUAACGCAUGCUCUCCCUCUUCUCUCCGUUCCGUGUACCUCUUCGGCCGCCUUACUUCGCGCUUCCUACCAUCUCAUUCUAUACCCUACUCGACUCUGUUCUCCAGUUCGCCGCGUCAGAACAUGAUGUACCUGCAUUAGACGGUAUGCACUUGGUACGCUGCAUGGCUAUUCCGUCAUUGCAUAUGCGUUAUACGACUCCGAAUCUUUGGGGUGAACGAUGUGCCGAGUUGAAAUGUCUACUCCCGACUUGCCUAUGAACCUUGGCUCAGUCAUGAUUACAAUGGUCUGCGCGAUUUGUGGUCUGCGAUCUGCAUUCGGCGCACUGCGUUAUUGGAGUUUGUUGUUAUUUUAUGGCUUUAUAAGUGGGCCAUUAUUGGACCGAGUGAUCUGGCCAUUUUCUCACGCAUCACAUCCUCUCGACCAGUCACACCUAACAGUACUUCCACCGCCAUAAACAUUGCAGGUGGCAUUUUUUGCCAUCUGCUGAUGGACGCCUUUGUGGAUUACAGCAGAGGCUCGACGUCUGUUUGGUCUGAAUUUGGUCUGAAGACACAUACCCUGCUUUGUGUUCGCCGACUAGGAACUCAAUCUGGCAUUUCAAAUAGCCUCUGACUUCGGCGGCGCAAUUGUGGAUGAUAACUGGGAAAGGGAAUAGAAGGAGGCCGGAGAGUUUGUGCAUGGAUGCUAUGUUCAAAGGUGAAACGGGUGGGGAUUUCACGGGUUGAAGAGGGAAUAUGACAAUCCAGAAGGGAAAGAAAAAAAAAAAAAAAAAAAAAAAAAAAAAAAAAAAAA